CCAUGCGUCACAUACAAUUCAAACUUAUUUCUCAUUCGUCACAUAUGACACCCAGUUCCAAAUUUUGGUUAUACCCCAUUUGUCUCUUCUCACUUCUUCACUUAUUAUCCAAAAACAGCCACAACAACAAGUCAAAAUCAGUUCAAUAGUCAACACAUGUAUCUACUCUAAAUCUUUAAUCCUCCCGAGUUUCUCCGGUAACAAUGGCAACAAACUCAAAAGGCCAAGCAUGGUUUUGUAGCACCGGUUUACCAAGCGACGUCGUUGUGGAUGUUGACGACAUGAUUUUCCAUCUUCAUAAGUUUCCACUAAUGGCAAAGAGUAAAAAACUCUAUGACCUUAUAACUGAACAAGAGGCUAAUUUCACCUCUAAUGCUGUUAAUGAAACGAAAACGACAACAACGAAAACAACAAUGGCAGAGGAGCAGUGUUGCCACGUCAGAUUUCCGGAUUUUCCUGGAGGACCGAAGACGUUUGAGAUGGCUGCAAAGUUCUGUUACACGGUGAAAAUCGAGUUAUCGUCUGCUAACGUAGCUGCACUACGUUGUGCUGGAGAAGCUUUGGAGAUGACUGAAGAGUUUUGUGAAGAAAAUCUCAUUUCUAAAACCGAAAGCUUUUUGUCACAAACUGUGCUUAAAAGUUUGACACAUUCAAUUGAAACGCUGAAAUCGUGUGAGCAUUUGAUGCCUUUGGUGGAACAUGUAGGCAUUGUUGAAUGUUGUAUUGAUUCAGUUGCUGAUAGGGUUUCAGCUAUGGAUCCCGCUCUAUUCGGCUGGGAUGUGAAUCAGACAACGAACAACUUCAUCCAUGAACUUACAUUACUCAAUCCGCAGUUGUUUAACCGUUUAAUAACGGGGAUCAAAGGUAAGAAUAUGAGCAACGAGAUUGUAGAAAAUUGCCUUCUCCGGUACGCCAAAACACACAUCUCUGGUACCAAUCGCGCCACUAGAAAGCCUCAGCAUUCGCAUAAACCAUCCGAAAUUGACCAGAAGGAACUCUUGGAGACGAUUGUCACGAAUCUUCCGGAACAAACACACUCCAGAUCUUCACCAGCAGUGAAGAUAUUAUUCGGAAUGUUACGGACCGCAAACAUUCUCAACGCCUCGGAUAACUGUAAAUCAACAUUAGAGAAGAAAAUCGGAUCUCAAUUCGAGCAAGCCACACUAGAUGAUCUUCUUAUGCCGAGUUAUUCCUAUCUCAGCGAAACAUUAUACGAUGUCGAUUGCGUCCAAAGGAUAUUAUCCCAAUUUCAACUUCAGAUUCAUUCUCAAUCUCUCAACUGUGUGGAUGACACACCCGCGGCGUUAACACUCGUUGGAAAAUUAAUCGACGGUUAUUUAUCAGAAAUCGCGUUAGAUGCGAAUCUAAAACCGGAGAAAUUUUGCGAGCUUGCAGCUGCGUUGCCGGAACAAGCCAGGAUCUACGAUGACGGUCUCUAUAGAUCCGUUGAUGUCUACAUCAAGGCUCAUCCAUGGAUAACGGAUGCCGAUCGGGAAAAAGUUUCCGGCGUUUUAGACUGCCGGAAACUAACGUUAGAAGCGUGCACACACGCCGCUCAAAACGAGCGGCUUCCGCUACGAGCGGUGGUGCAAGUGUUGUUCUUCGAGCAGUUGCAGCUGCGGCAAGCGAUUGCGGGAACACUGAUGGCUACGGAGAUGGUGGUGUUGGAGUCAGAGAGGUCACCGGGCACUACACGACAAGAGGUGGUGGAACUACACGACGAAACGGUGGUUGAAGAGGACGGUGUGACGUGGAGGGCGGCAGUGAGGGAGAAUCAGGUGCUACGACUAGGGAUGGAUAGCAUGAGGACGCGGGUUCACGAGUUGGAGCGUGAGUGUACUACAAUGAAGAAAGCGAUUGAGAAGAUUGAUAAGGUGGGACCGACGGGUUGGUUCACGAAGAAGUUUGGGUGCACAUUUAAGACUCAAGUCUGUGACUCGCAUGAGCCAACGGUUGUGGAGACCAGAAAGGGGAGGAACCAUCGGACUAACCGUCACCGCCAUGCCAGUUGAUAGCCGGAUUACCGUAGGUAACUUGGUUGGUAGUUGGUACAUUUGUGUUUUAAAUUAUUGCUGUUUUUGUUUUUACUGGAAAGAGCUUACAUUUCAUGGGUAUAUAACAUGCAACUCCAUAUGCAUACGAUUCUAUUUAUUA